GGGGCGGGACGCCAAGCUCGGUUGCGGAGCUGAAACCGGUAACCGAGCACUCCAGCACGUUGUGAAGCCGCUAGUGUUCCUGGCUGCCGCUGAGGUGAUUCACUGAAAUCACUAGUUUCUAAAUCUACGACUUCUUUUUUUGAUAAUUGACCCGCUGAGAUUUCCGGUUGACCAAAGAAAUGGUGAUGGAGAAGCCAAGUGCCCAGCUGGUCGGGCGAGAGUUUGUCCGACAGUAUUACACACUCCUGAACCAGGCCCCUGACUACCUGCACAGGUUCUAUGGAAAGAACUCCUCCUACGUGCACGGCGGCCUGGACAGCAACGGCAAACCAGUGGAGGCUGUUUAUGGACAGUCAGAGAUUCAUAAGAGGGUGAUGGCUCUGAGUUUCCGUGACUGUCACACCAAGAUCAGGCACGUGGACGCCCACGCCACCCUGAACGAGGGCGUGGUGGUGCAGGUGAUGGGGGAGCUGUCCAACAACAUGCAGCCCAUGAGGAAGUUCAUGCAGACGUUUGUUCUGGCUCCUGAGGGAACUGUUGCAAACAAAUUCUACGUCCACAACGACGUGUUUCGUUACCAAGACGAGGUGUUUGGAGACUCUGACUCUGAACCUCCAGAGGAGUCUGAUGAGGAGGUGGAGGAGAUCGAGGAGAGGGUCCCCUCGCCUGACGUGGCUCCAGAGGAGUCGGCUCCCUUCUACGACCCGACAGCCUGUUCAGAGCCGGCGGUCCCCGGUGACGAGGAGGAAGCGGCAGCAGAGAGUCCUGAACCAGAGGCCGAGGUGGAGAAGGAGGCCGAGGCUGCGGCGGUGGAGCUGAAGUCCGAGUCGAUGCUGGAGACGCAAACAGACGCACACGUGGCCGACGACCAGACAGAGAAAAGCCCCGCCGCCGCCCCACCCACCACAGAGCCCACCUCCGCCCCUGCCGAACCCGCCCCCGCCGCCCCAGAGGAAAACAGGCCGUUCUCCUGGGCUUCAGUUACCAGUAAGAACCUCCCUCCCAGCGGGGCCGUCCCAGUCUCAGGAAUCCCCCCCCACGUCGUCAAAGUCACUCCCACAGCACCGCCCAGAGCAGAGGUGAAGCCAGAGUCCCAGACAACAACACAGAGACCACAGAGAGACCAGAGGCCGAGGGAACAGAGGCCUGGAGGUCCUCCGCCGGUUCACAGAGGACCCAGACCAGUACGAGAAGGUGAGCAGGGCGAGUCGGAGGGUCGCAGGGUGGUCAGGUACCCCGACGCCCACCAGCUCUUCGUGGGUAACGUCCCGCACGACGUGGACAAGAGCGAACUCAAGGAGUUCUUUGAACAGUACGGUACAGUCCUGGAGCUGAGGAUCAACAGCGGAGGAAAACUUCCAAACUUUGGCUUCGUGGUGUUUGACGACUCUGAACCCGUACAGAAGAUCCUCAGUAACAGGCCCAUCAAGUUCAGAGGAGACGUCCGCCUGAACGUGGAGGAGAAGAAGACUCGGUCAGCCAGGGAGGGCGACAGGCGGGAUGUCAGGCCCCGGGGUCCCGGAGGUCCCGGCGGUCCCAGAGAGCGAAUAGGAGGAGGCGGAGGCCCCCGAGGGCCCCCGACCCGAGGAGGCAUGGCACAGAAACCCAGCUUCGGCUCGGGACGGGGCGCCGGGCCCAGCGAGGGCCGCUACUCGGCCCAGCGCCAGUGAGACGGCCCCGGGCUCCAAACCUGAGUUAGAUUGAAUUUACUGAGUGGGUGUUGAUUUGACUGCAGCAGGAACUAAUUGGAUAAAGUGAAAUUGAACAAAAACCCUUCAUCACAUCAGAGCACAGAGGAGCAACAAUCUGUAGGAGGUGUCGAGUCGUAGUCGAGUCCCGACUCGUCUCCUCCUCGUUCUUUCUCCUCCCUGUGACAGUAGAGUGUGUGGAGGGUUUUCUGUUUGUAACUGACGCAGGUUUGGUCGAGAGCUUUUCACCGUCGAGUCGCGGCAGCUCCUGCUGAACUCAGCCUGUCUCAACAUCUGUCUGUCAUGAAGACGGCUGCCUCCUCCUCCUCCUCCUCCUCCUCUUCUUCUUCGUCUCCACCAACACAUGUAUUAUUUGGACUUUUGUCAUUUUUUUUGUUUUUUCAUGCUGAACUUGAAUUUAUUAAACAAAUCAAAAACACAAACAUGAAAAAGGGUAAAUACUACUUGAAUUGGGGAUUAAAAACCCAGAGUUUAGGUUUUUUUCGCGUUCUCUCUCCCUGUUUCUUAAAGGAACGUGUACUUUACUGCUUGGGCAAUCCUGUGUAUUGCUGCCUCCGUUGUAUCUAGCGAUGGAUCUGUCUCAUCUUUUUAUUCUAUCAGGUCAAGAGCUGAACUGUACUGGUUUUGUUUGAGUAAUAAUGUUGGCUUGUAAUACGUGGAUUCACAGACGCGUCUGAAUGGAGCAUGUUUCUAAUCAUGUAUCAAAUCCUGUUUGGCUUCUUUACUGAUGCACUUCAUUUGUCAUCAUGUUUAAAACGAGCUCACCUGCCGAUGAGAGAACUAAAUUAAAAGUGAUUUACUGUUUUAAA